CAGUUUAUGAACAACUACAGCCCCCAUAAACGUUUUAUAAAGGAUUGUUUGUUGUGUUGAGAAGCAGCAACAAAAAAAAAAAGGAAAGAAAAAUGGCUGAUGGAGGAAGAAAGAAGAAUGAAACAGAGUAUGAGGAUCUGUUGCCAGCAAUGGCAGAGAAGCUGGAAGCAGACGCCUUCGUAUCGGAGCUGUGUGGUGGUUUCAGGCUUCUGGCGGAGCCAGCGACUGGUUUGAUAACAUCAGAGAGCCUGAAGAGGAAUUCAGCAGUUCUGGGGAUGGAAGGGAUGAGUAAAGAAGAUGCAGAGGCGAUGGUGAGAGAAGGCGAUCUUGACGGCGAUGGGGCACUCAACGAGACCGAAUUCUGCAUAUUGAUGGUGAGAUUGAGCCCGGGCAUGAUGGAGGAGGCGGAGGCAUGGCUCGAGAAGGCCAUCCACCAGGAGCUGCAAUCUUCUGUUAAGUGUACAAGAAUUUCGAAAUGAAAAUGAAAAUGGUCUCUGCUCUUCCUUCAACUAUAAAAUCCUAUGGUUGUUUUA